AUGGCGGUACGUGUCCAGGUCUUAUCUCUCUCCCCUAUAUGUUGGCUAAAGAACUCGAAGGGUAAGGUGAACAACAAGCGGAAAGCCGAGCCGGAGGAUGGCGGCCGCGACGACAAAGGAGAGCGCCCUGGCACAUCAGGCUCUACAGAAGUCCUCGCGCGGCCUAAGCGCGCAAAGCGCACGGAACACCCCAAAGAGCAUGUCGAUGAUUCUUCAAGCCGCGCAAUGCUCGAGGACCCAGGUCCUGACCCGCCGGUCGGUCGCACAGGCCCAUCUCGCACUUCCAGCUCGCGCAAAGAGAAGGUCUCAAGCAGUCCAGCCGUCAGGGAUCUCGGUGCGGCGCAGCCAUAUAAACCCACUGAUCAGCCCGGAGAUGAUCCGCAAGAGCCCCCAAGUCGCACUGCGCGCAAGGGCUCCCUCUCGCAGCCGCCAAGUGGAGCUCCUAGCAGUGGCGUCGCUCAAGGCAAAGGAGGAGGUCAACGUCAUCAUAUGAGAGCUCAUGCCCCAGAAGUCAGCGACCACAAAAUUCCAGCCUCGCGCAAGCGCGCCGCUUCUAGCACCGUGGAAGCAAACGGAGAGUCUGUUGUGCGCAAACUUAGCGGCCACCCGGCCAUGGAAUCACUCAGAAUGGAUGGAUACAAGGAAGAAGUUGCGAUGCCCAGCAGAAGUAACAACUCUCGUCUCACCGCGGGCCCAGAGGCACAACACAAAGAUCUGACCAAGGAGCAGCUCACGGCUGGCUGGCAGAAGGUCAACAACAAACUGGUCAUUUCUGAUCAGAGAAAAAAAGAAACUUCUGUCGCUACUGCACCCAUGCGUCGAGCGAAGACAGAGGGUCCAGUCCGGGCAAACUCGAGGGAGGUGAUCCACGAGCUCGAGGCCUUCUGGGGAGCUGAGCUUGCCAACGUGCUAAAUAAGAAGUAUUGGCCUCGGAUUUGCAACGAGGAUCAGGCUUACACGAAUUCGGAAUACGCCAAGCYUGACUGUUUGCCUGAUAUUUCUCUGGAUAUUGGUUUAUUGUCUGGCCUCUUGAGUUGGGCCCGCAUGAGCGGCAUGGAAAAUCGCAGCGCAGCUAUCGACAAGCYCGACGCAGCAGUCGAAAGCCGCAUGGUCAAGAACAAGAGUAGCCCGUUGUUAUCCAUGCCGCGUUAUGAGGUAUCCGAUGUCGACAUGGUCAUCAAGAACUACAACGCGGGCAAGAAUGAAGACAGUAGAGCUUGGAAGAUGGGGCAGAACGGAGCGUCAGUYGAACAUGCCGUCGACAAGGUCAUGGGGGGUGCCAGCAUGUCAAUCAAGGGCAAGAUGACCAAGAAGCAGAUCAGAGAAAUGCAGUGA